AUGGAGGAAGUGCUUUUGAAUGAGGGCUUUGCCCAGGGCUUCAACUAUGCACUGACAAUAGCAGUGGCAAUAUCGGUUUUGUUCACCGUCUUUCUGCUGACACUUCCCUCGCAAUACAACCCGUUCCAUGACAGCCCUCCUCUCCCUGCUGGAUCAGCAACCACUAGGGCGCGUAACGACAAUGGGAUCAAGAAAAACUGGAGGAAGGGCGGUACUACCCAUGUUGUAGUCCUGGGAGACAUAGGCCGGUCUCCACGCAUGCAAUACCAUGCCAUUAGCAUUGCGAAGAAUGGCGGCCGUGUUUAUCUAAUUGGCUAUGUUGAGUCAGAGAUCCAUCCCCAGAUUCUCUCGGAUUCACGGAUCACCGUAGUGCCUAUUGCCCCAGCCCCAGCCUUCCUUCGCCAAAGCAGCAGAGCACUGUUCCCAGUCAUCGCCCCAUUGAAAGCCCUCUGGCAAGCGGGCAGCCUCUAUUGGGCGUUGUGCUAUCGAGCGGUCCACCCUGGAAGAUGGAUGCUAGUUCAAAAUCCCCCCUCCAUUCCAACACUGGCCGUCGCGAGUCUCGUCUGCCUCUUUCGCAACACAAGACUAGUGUGUGAUUGGCACAAUUUUGGCUAUACAAUCCUCGCCUUGAAGCUCGGUCCGAAGCACCCCUUGGUUUGGAUAUCAGCAUUCUAUGAGAGGUUUUUCUCGCGAUUGGCAAUCUCGCACUUGACCGUCACCCAUGCCAUGAAGGAUGUUUUGGAAAAGCAAUUCGGGAUCAAAGGAGCUCUCACCCUGCACGAUCGACCUGUAUCGUCCUUCCACCCGAUAAGUGAGCAAGAGAGGGCCGCAUUCCUACAACGACUCCCAGAAACAGCCCCUUUCGCAGAGAACCUCUUGCCUUCGGCGAAGGAGAUGUGGAAACUGAUCACAAGCUCCACAUCAUGGACACCAGACGAGGACUUCCAGAUCUUGCUGGAUGCCCUCACCGCGUACUCUGCCCAAGCAGGCUCAAAUCCCAAACUGCCCAAGCUUCUAGUAUUGAUUACCGGGAAGGGACCCCUGAAAGAGCACUACCUCACCAAGAUACGGAAGAACCCUCUCUCUCAUGUCCUUAUCCGCACAGCAUGGUUGACUCCGGAAGACUAUGCGUUGUUGCUGGCGAGCGCCGACAUGGGAGUCAGUUUGCACACAUCCAGCAGCGGCGUGGACCUCCCUAUGAAAGUCGUCGAUCUCUUCGGCGCCGGGACACCCGUUCUCGCGCACAAAUUCCAAGCUCUAGGCGAACUCGUGAAAGAAGGCGAGAACGGACUGGGCUUUUCGCACUCAGAAGAGUUGUCCGACCUGAUUGUCAAAGUCUUUCAGGACGAUGUCUUGCUCGAGAAACUCAAGGACGGGGCGCUGCGGGAGAGCAAGCAUCGUUGGGAUGAUGAGUGGGACAGUGUUGCGGGGAAGCUAUUGAAGCUUGUAUGAUUGAUUCCGUUGGAGGCAUUUCCGACACGAUUAGAUGCAUCGUCUCCGUGGUGUAUCGAACCACGAGCCCGCAUGCGGAGGGAUUAGAAUAAAAAUUUUCGGCCGCGCUAUCGGUGAAACCAUGGUGAACUUGGCAAUCAAGUCCCGCGAACUGUGACGGUCUAGUUAAGUCGACAUUGAAGCAGUGUGUUGCGAUUCGAAGACAGGCAAGGGGCAUUGGUGCUGGUAUUACGUCAUUUCCUCCAACGAGUCUCUUCGAACCCGAGUGUGCGCUACGUUUGAGCCAGCUCUCAAAGCUCAAGAAACAGUGCCCUUAAAUCCACACCAAAUGUAUGAAAAGGGUGUUUGUUAUUUGAU